UAUGCGCUAGAAGCAACCUCUCACAAUAACCAGACAUCGAAUUGGCACUCACAAGAACGGCCCUCUCCUGUGCUGUCCCUUUCAGACCUGUCCUUCUGCUCUUUAUUCUCUCUUGGCUCUCUCUACUACACGGCUUGCCUGUCUUCAUUGAGUUUGACGACGGACGAAGGAGAGGAUAACGACAGCCGAGAACCAAGCUAUCUAUCGUCUAGUCAUUCCGCCACCACUCGUUUGACUGUCCUACCGACCGCUCCCGCCCACCGCCUACCGCAUACCGCUUGCGCAACCGCCCUCUCUCCCUCCCUCUCCCUCUUCCUCUCUCCCUCUCCCUCUCUCUUUCUCAGUCCCUCUCUCCCCCUCCCUCCAACCCCACCGCGUUCCUCCCUCACUUACUGGCCCUCGCUCGGGCUGCAUCUGCAUGGUUGCCGUCCCUGGGCGCCCUCUUUUAUCCGUCAAAGAAUUACGCACCCGACUGACUCCCACGCUUGCACCUCGCUCACAUUCCCACCUACCCCUGUUCAAGGCCACACCGACCUCCGUCCUCCGUCCUUGACAUCCAAACGCCGCCGCAUCCCAUUCACCAACUCCCGGCCACCCUCCAUCUUCUCAGCCCGCCCUCCAUAUUCUCCUACUCUCACCCUCCACACGCAUACUCGACGUUGUCAACGGCUGCUUACUUCCGUUGCCCACGACGGCGGCAAUAGCUGUUUCGGGGCCGAACACGCGACGCGCACUCACUACCAUCAUCACUUCCAUCACUUGAACGACCUGAUCUCGCCCGCAUCGACGCUUCCUCGUCGCUCUCUUCGGCCCCAGCAGCUGCCGCCUUGCGAGGAGGGACUAGACGAGAUUAUACAGCCUGUUGCAAAAAUUGCGACAAGACUACCCAUCCGACUUUCACAUCUACCGCACGCCCUACUCUAGUUGCUCUCGUCGUCACCGUUGCCGCCUGCCACUGGUACAACCGUAAACUGCUAUUCUGAUCCAUGGCGGAUUAAUACCGCCUGCGCUGCGAGCCACCACCCCCUCCAGUCGCGACAACUAUGACUGCGUCGGCUAUUCAGAGCCACUUGCAACAUUCAGCUGCAAGCGACUGCUACGACCCCGAUGACGUUCUUCCGCACGACAGCCCGCAAAUGCAAGCUCACUGUCCCAGAUUACAGCCCUCGCCCAGUCCUCCGCCCGAACUUGGCCUCGGUCCGAAGUUGCUACACGGUCGCCGCAGGGUUGAGCCUAUCCAAGGCGAUGCUGUACUAGUAUCUCAUCUUGGGAACGGUAGGCUGCCAGAAGUCGCCCAUGCAGCUGCCCUGGAGCCCCUUGCCUCGGAUAAUGGGUCUGAAGACGACUCGUCCUCCCCGACGUCUCCUGAUCGCGAAAUGACCAAGCCGGCUGAACCUUUCGAUCUUAAGAUUCUUGCGGCGGGCGCCUUGGCCUUCACUGCUACCGAAGCUCCUGCCUUGGAUGCGAUUGCCGCCGCGACAUCUAGCCCCGACCAUUCGGGUGACGGGCCAAGAGGUCAGCACAAGACGGUACCCCUAGGGAUCGGUAGUCGUGACCUACCUAUACGCGAUGAGCGCCCUGCUCUGGCUGCCCCCGCUGUAGUCUAUUCUGCCAGCAACAACCACGCGCCGCGCCGUUCAGUGCCUAGCCUGAGCAAUGCCGAGGUCACGUCCCCAGUGAGCCCUUCACAGCAGUCGGCACCCGGCGGCCUGCCUCCCCUCCUCGAUUCCCCAAAAUCUGACGGAAGCGGUCAUGGUCCAUUACCGUCUAUAAGGGCCCAGCUUGGGGACUUCAAGCGCUUGGCAGAAACCGCAAUGAGUCCAGAGAAUGAUAUGGGCUGCGUACGACAUGCUGCCUCAUUUCCACGCUCGCCCCCGGCAAACAUCCCUCGUUUACCGUCGUUAGCCGGUCUACCAAUCGGUCAAGCGUCGCCACCAAUCUCUCCCAAUGAAGGUUUCCGACGAGAGCUUCCAUCGCCCGCCCACACUAUACCUUCUCUUAGCCCCUAUUACUACUCUUCUUCAUCAAACGGCGGCCAUCAUCGGCCAAGCACCGACUACAGUAGUGGGACAGCAGAGACCCCGAGCACAGAUCACACAGCUUUAACGCCAGCCCAUUCUGUCGCAGACCGCAUGAGUAUUGAUGGCCUCACAAACCCACAAACUGGCUACAUUUGCACGUUCUCGGGGUGCAAUGCUGCGCCGUUCCAGACUCAGUAUCUACUAAACUCGCACGCCAAUGUUCAUUCGUCUGCCCGGCCUCACUAUUGCUCGGUCAAGGGUUGUCCUCGAAGCGAAGGCGGCAAAGGUUUCAAGAGGAAGAAUGAAAUGAUAAGGCACGGCCUCGUCCAUGACUCUCCUGGAUACGUUUGUCCCUUUUGCCCAGACAGAGAACACAAAUAUCCACGUCCAGACAAUCUUCAAAGACAUGUUCGUGUACACCACGUGGACAAGGAUAAGGACGACCCGCUUUUGCGGGAUGUCCUGUCGCAAAGACCGGAUGGACCGAAUCGCGGUCGACGGCGUAGAGGAGGCCCUGCCUAGCCAACUGACCUCCAUGGCCGGUUCACGACAUUAACGUAUAUACAUUCCCCUACCCUUUUCUGGUCAAAUUUUUAUCUUUUUUUUUUGCAUCCCAAUAUCGACUUUUUC